UAUCUGCACUGUAGGCUCACCUGGAUGUUGCUAGAAGGUCCCUUUUCCGAGAGGGAGGGGGGUGAGAGAGGGAUGUGCUCCGGUGUAGGAUUAGCCUACUGGCUGUAUAAACGGCUGUUUAAUAAUCUUAGCUGCAGCCAUCAGCUUUAUUUCUGAGCAGUGGUAUAGGACGCUAUUUCCGCCCCCGCUUUCUUUCUCUUUCUCUCUCUCUCUCUCUCUCUCUCUCUCGGAUACUUCAGCCAUUUCUGCUUCUCUGUGAGUGCCUGGAUCUCAGCAAAACAAAGAGAGGGGGUAGGAGGAGAGACAGAAAAAACGUGUUCGUCUGGAGAAGAUAAACUCAGUCACACCUCAGAUCAGACACCUAAGGCACUGGCAUGACCCAAGGGAAGGUCUCAGCGAUGAACAAACCGACCAAUGGAAUGCAAGAAGGGGGGAUGCCUGCUGCCCCGCCCAGCUACGAGGAGGCAACUGCAGAAGGAAGCAGCCCGUGCUACAGUGGGGGUUACUAUGGAGACCGGGAGAUGCUGACAGAGUGGAGCUGGCACGAUCAGAACAUUCGCCGCAUCUUCAUACGGAAGGUAUAUACGAUCCUAAUGACCCAGCUGUUAAUCACUCUGGCCAUUGUGGCGCUGUUCACUUUCUGUGACCCAGUGAAGAUCUACAUUCAGACCAAUCCAGGCUGGUAUUGGGCCUCUUAUGCAGUGUUCUUUGUCACAUACCUGACACUGUCUUGCUGCACAGGACGAAGGAGACGGUUUCCAUGGAACCUGAUCCUACUGGCCGUGUUUACUCUGUCUCUCUCCUAUAUGACAGGAAUGUUGUCCAGUUUUUAUAACACCAAGUCAGUGAUGAUCUGCCUGGGCAUCACUGCAAUGGUCUGCCUGUCUGUGACCAUCUUCAGCUUCCAGACCAAGAUUGACAUCACUUCCUGCCAAGGCGUUCUUUUUGUGCUGUGCAUGACCAUGUUCUUCUGCGGGAUUAUGUUGUCUAUCGUCCUGCCCUUUGGAUAUGUUCCCUUGUUGCAUGCUAUCUACGCAGCGAUGGGAGCCAUCCUCUUCACCAUGUUCCUCGCCUUUGACACACAGCUAUUGAUGAGGAACAAGCGUUACGCCAUAAGCCCGGAGGAGUACGUCUUCGCCACGCUCAACAUCUACCUGGACAUUGUCUACAUCUUCUCCUUCCUCCUCCAGAUCUUUGGGUCAGAGCAGGAUUAAUCAGCUGCAGACCUUUCGGCUCCGCAGUUCUGCUCGUCCGCUCUAUUAUCGUUUGCUUCUUCCUUCCUUUCCCAGUCCCUCAUUCAAGCACCACUGUCAAAUGUCAUUUUACAAUAAAGGUCCCGGUUUUAGUCACAUGCUUUGAAAUUCAUUGAAAUUCAUUUUGAUGUAAAGCUGAGCGUUCUGAUAUUACGUAUUAGCCUACCUGCUGCACUUUAUGAUUUACCACCAGAAUCAGCAAACAACAACCAAAAACCUCCCACAUGAAUGAUCUCCUAUUGCACUAAAUGGUCCACUGAAUUGAUUCUUCUGCUUGAUGUGUACUUUAUGCUUUAUCCCCCUUUUCUCUAAAUUUGCAUUCGUGCGAACACUGCAACC